UGAGGACAUCACAGUCCGUUCAGCGAGCUGGUGUUUACCCCACACCUGCUGUGUGCAGAGCUUCUCUCCGCGCCGGACACAGGCCUGGUGAGCAGGCGUCCCACGUGGGGUGGGGCAGGCAUGCUCAGCCAACGACAGAGCGUGACCCCCUCGCUUCCCAAGACCGCCCGUUGGCAGCUCGCAGACGUCUCCCUGCGGAGCCCCACUCAGCCGCGGCAGUCGCGUCCCACCCCUGCCGCUCCCCAGAGGGGUGCUUCCUGGCUGGGAGAGCAGCCCCCGGCCCAGCGUGGUGCCCUCACCUCCCACCCAGCCUGGGCAGAAAGCCCUGGGUCCUAACCCCACGCCCACACCCAUGGCCGUAGAUGGCACCCCGCCUCUCUCUAAAGCUCAGUUUUCCAUCCUAGAAAAACAGAUGGGGAAAUGAGACAUGACUUUUAUCACAGUCGUAAAGAUGAGAACAGAGCUGGAUGUAGACAUCUGGGAACCACACAACGACGCGCCUGUUCUCAGAACAAAGUGCUCUGCGCGCACGCCAGGCCCCUGGACACGGCUCAGGAUGAGAGUGAGCUCGGCCGGGACCUCCCCGGGGCUGCAGGGGCAGGGCAGCCAGGCCCCCAGAGCCGCCCCCCGCCCCCACAGGCCUGGGCUCCAACCGGCGGCUGUGAUAAGCAGGCUGGGCGCCAGCCACCUUCCAGCCUGGGCGAGCGGACCUUGCCCCGGAGGCCUGUUGCUGCGGGGACUCACGGCUGUCCUCGGAAGGGCCCCACCAUGGCGGGUCUGCUGUGUCUCGUCCUGCUCAGCACCGCCCUGGGCGGCCUCCUGCGGCCAGCGGGGAGCGUGUUCCUGCCCCGGGACCAGGCCCACCGUGUCCUGCAGAGAGCCCGCAGGGCCAACUCAUUCUUGGAGGAGGUGAAGCAGGGAAACCUGGAGCGAGAGUGCCUGGAGGAGACCUGCUCGUUCGAGGAGGCCCGCGAGGUCUUCGAGGACGCAGAGCAGACGGAUGAAUUCUGGAGUAAAUAUAAAGAUGGAGACCAGUGUGAAGGCCACCCUUGCCUGAAUCAGGGCCGCUGUAAAGACGGCAUCGGGGACCACACCUGCACCUGUGCGGAAGGGUUUGAAGGCAAAAACUGCGAGUUCUCCACGCGUGAGAUCUGCAGCCUGGACAACGGGGGCUGUGACCAGUUCUGCAGGGAGGAGCGCAGCGAGGUACGGUGCUCCUGCGCCCACGGCUACAUGCUGGGCGACGACAGCAAGUCCUGCGUGUCCACAGAGCCCUUCCCCUGUGGGAAGUUCACGCAGGGACGCAGCCGGCGGUGGGCCAUGCACGCCAGCGAGGACGCGCUUGACGCCAGCGAGCUGGAGCAGUACGGCCCUACAGACCUGAGCCCUACAGAGAGCUCCUUGCACCUGCUGGGCCUCAACAGGACCGAGCCCAGCGCCAGGGAGGACGACAGCAAGUUGAUCCGGAUAGUGGGCGGCAGGGACUGCGCGGAGGGCGAGUGCCCCUGGCAGGCUCUGCUGGUCAACGAGGAGAACGAGGGAUUCUGCGGGGGCACCAUCCUGAACGAGUUCUACAUCCUCACGGCUGCCCACUGCCUGCACCAGGCCAAGAGGUUCACGGUGAGGGUCGGCGACCGGAACACGGAGCAGGAGGAGGGCGACGAGAUGGCACACGAGGUGCAGCUGACUGUGAAGCACAGCCGCUUUGUCAAGGAGACCUAUGACUUUGACAUCGCGGUGCUGAGGCUCAAGACGCCCAUCCAGUUCCGCCGGAACGUGGCGCCCGCCUGCCUGCCCGAGAAAGACUGGGCGGAGGCCACACUGAUGACCCAGAAGACGGGCAUCGUCAGCGGCUUCGGGCGCACGCACGAGAAGGGCCGCCUGUCGUCCACGCUCAAGAUGCUGGAGGUGCCCUACGUGGACCGCAACACCUGCAAGCUGUCCAGCAGCUUCACCAUCACGCCCAACAUGUUCUGCGCGGGCUACGACACCCAGCCCGAGGACGCCUGCCAGGGCGACAGCGGCGGCCCCCACGUCACCCGUUUCAAGGACACCUACUUCGUCACGGGCAUCGUCAGCUGGGGCGAAGGGUGCGCGCGCAAGGGGAAGUUCGGCGUCUACACCAAGGUCUCCAACUUCCUCAAGUGGAUCGACAAGAUCAUGAAGGCCAGAGUGGGGGCCGCGGGCAGCCACGGCCACAGCGAAGCCCCCGCCACCUGGACAGUCCCGCCCCCCCCUUCCGCUCUGAGCGGGCUCCCUCCCUGCCUGAUUAGACCUGUGUCCUCUCCUUAGUCUGGGUCUGUUCUUG